AUGUUUGAGAGGAUGGGGAGGAGAGAGAAGCCAAGAGUGGAGCGAGAAAAAGCAAAGCAGCGAGCACAAGUCAAGAACAAGAACAAGAACAAGAACAAGGGUGGGCCUUCUUACCUGGCACCAGAGGAUGGUGACGGACUGUUGGGAGUCGUGGUAGCGGAGGAGGAGGAGGAGGAGGAAGACGAGGUGAAGCCCGCGCCGGCCGAGAGAAUCUGA